GUGUCCCCCAUUUUGGGGGUGUUGGUGGUGACACCACCCAGGACGUCACCCGUGACGUCACCUUCCUCCUCCCCUUCUCCCCUCAGGACGGAGGAGGAGAUGUUCUCCUGGAUCUCCCGCCUCAACUUGGUGGCCGCCCUCUUCUCCUCUCCCCCCUUCCCCGCCGCCGUGGGGUCCCAACGCCGCUUCGUCCGCCCCAUCCUCCCCGCCGCCCCCAGCCGCAGCCCCCCCGAGGAGCAGCAGAGGUCCCACGAGGUCUGGUUGGAGAGGGUGGCCCAGGAGCUCUUGGAGCAUCAACGGAACCUCCCCGAGAAGAAGGGUCGGGCCCGGGACCUGGAGGAGUAUCGGCUGAAGAAGGAGUAUCUGCUCUACGAGGUGGGGCGCCUCGUUAGCUUAAUUAGAGGGGACAGGGCACGGGGAGGUCCUCGUGGUGGGUGGGUCAUCUCCAUCCUUGUCUUCCUCCACGGCAGAGAUGCUGUUAUGGGUCCUGAGGGACAUGAGGGACACCCACAUGGUGGUGGGUCAUCUCCAUCCUUGUCUUCCUCCAUGGCAGAGAUGCUGCUAUGGGGGACACCAGGGACACAGGGACAUCCCCACGGUGGUGGCUCAUCUCCAUCCUUAUCUCCAUCCUUAUCAGUCUCCAAAGACACUGCUGCAGGACACAGGGGACACCAGGGACAUAGGGACACACUCAUG